CUGGGAGUGAGUGAUUGACUUUAUCAGUCCAAGGACAUCAUUCGCCUGGAAAGGGGGGGAAGUUUGAUCCUCUUUCUCACGGAUCGCAGUCAACGGGAGUUUUUUUUUCCUCCCAACUCUUUACGCAUAGGAUUUUCCCCUGUUUUGGCUCCGUUUGUUUUUUUUAUUUCAGGAUUUGUCGCAAAACGUUGUAAAUCUCGGCGCCGUGUCUGCAGCUUGCGCGCUCCGCUACACUGGAUUUUAAUUUUAUUUUCGGUUUUCUUUCCGCCUCCUAAGUUUGCUUCAAGCUCAUGACUAUGCUUCUUGAUAGCGGUCCGCAGUUUGCAUCGUUAGGAGUGGGGGGUUUCGGGACACCACGGCACCACGAUAUCGGGAACAGAGACCCGGGUCUGGGACUGAAUCCCUUCAGCGAUUCCUCCCACUCUGCAGCUUUCAAAAUCAGCCCCGUGUCUCACGAUAUCGCUUCCAGCCAGACAUCAGCGUUCACUCCGCAAGCCACUGGAUAUGCAGCUGCCCUGGGACACACUCACGGCGGGCAGGUGGGCUCGUACGGUGGGGGAGCGUUCAAUUCAACACGGGACUUUCUCUUCCGUAACCGGGGUGUUGGUGAGUCCGCAGCGCCUGGCGCCCAGCAUGGGAUCUUUGCAGCUUCGGCGGGGAGCCUCCACGGGCCGCCCGGGAUCGGCGAUAACCCCGGACAUCUGUUGUUCCCAGGACUUCACGACCAGGGGGUGAGCCACACUUCACCGAGUGGACAUGUAGUUAACAGCCAAAUGCAUCUUGGCUUACGCGGAGACAUUUUCGGAAGACCUGAUCCCUACCGUCCGGUCGCAAGCCCUAGGACGGACCCCUACGGGGCUCAGCUCCACAACUACGGCCACACCAUCAACAUGAACAUGGGGAUGAAUGUGCCGACACACCACGGUCCAGGAGCCUUCUUUAGAUACAUGAGGCAACCGAUUAAACAAGAAUUAUCCUGCAAAUGGAUAGACGAGAACCAGAUGAACAGACCCAAAAAGACUUGUGACAGGACUUUCAGCACCAUGCACGAGAUGGUCACUCAUGUGUCCAUGGAGCACGUCGGCGGCCCCGAGCAGAGCAACCACAUCUGCUUUUGGGAGGACUGCCCGAGAGAAGGGAAAUCUUUUAAGGCCAAGUACAAACUCGUCAACCACAUCCGUGUGCACACGGGCGAAAAACCAUUCCCAUGCCCGUUCCCCGGAUGUGGGAAAAUAUUCGCCAGAUCGGAAAAUUUGAAAAUCCACAAAAGAACACAUACAGGUGAGAAGCCGUUUAAGUGUGAAUUUGAUGGCUGUGACAGACGCUUCGCCAACAGCAGCGACAGGAAAAAGCACAUGCAUGUGCACACAUCAGACAAGCCAUACAUCUGCAAAGUGUGCGACAAGUCAUACACACACCCCAGCUCUCUCAGGAAACACAUGAAGGUACAUGAGUCUCAAGGAUCUGAAUCGUCUCCAGCAGCAAGCUCUGGAUACGAGUCGUCCACACCGCCAGUGCUGGUCUCAAACAGCACUGAAGACCCGACAAAAACACCGCCGUUAGCCGUACAAAACACGUCCGGCCACAGCGAAGGACUGGCACCCAACUUUAAUGAAUGGUACGUUUGAAGUCAGAGGAACAAACCUUCUCACAAUGUGGACCACGGAGUUAAGGAUACAAACCUUAAAAACUAUUACACACACACACACACAUAUAUACACACACACACACACACACGCUGUCAGACACACAGGGAUGGGAUUGGGACAACAACGACAACAGGAGAUGAGAGCAAAAGCCAGCAUCAAGCAGGCCACGUCCGUUCUCAGGAUCACGAAAUUUGACUUUUACUCCGCAGUUUUGAGGAAAUAAAAAAUAAAAAUCACGAAUAAAUAAAACGUAAUACUUUCUCAGUAUAAAUAAAUGUUUUUUUAUCUUUUAGUUUACAGAAAAAAAAUGUUUUAUUUUUCAUUUUAUGUAUUUUCUCAAAUUUUUAUUUAAAAAAAAGAAUAAAAAGGAAGAUUAUUUCACGCUGUUUUUAUAUGACGGUGACGCGCUAUUGUCGCCUCUUCAAUUGAUUGUUGGAACUUCAAACAGUCUUAAGAAACGUGCCAAAGUCUUUGUCAUGAACUUGAACACAGAAAAAAAAAAACUAAAUAAAUAUUAUACUCGUGAAUGUAUUUCCUUGUUUGAUGGGGUCGAAUCUAUUGUCAACGUCCGUUUUCAGGUGGAGAAAUGUGGUAUUAGGUUACGAUUGUUACCGUUGAAUAUAACGUUGCCUUUGUUAAUACCGUUGUAAAUACAUAUCCAUGAUGCCAUAUUUAUCAAUUUGUAAUUUAAUUAUGGGUAUAAGUUCUGAAACUUAAAUGAUAUUUAUGGAAAUGUUUUCUAACAAGAGCUGUACAGUUUUGGUCAUAACCAGCUUAACAUUGAACAAAUGAUAAACUCUAAAGCUCCAACAUCUCGAUUGUAUCCUUCUGUUUUUGUUUUUAACCAAUAGGCCUAUAUGUGUCUUAUUUGGAUCGAAGAAAUCAUCUAUAUGAAUAUUAUGGAUUUGUCUAUAUAUAAUGCAGAUAUUUCCGUCACUUUUAUUUUCUUUAUGAGACCAUUGACAUGUAAAUCAUUGACUUUGUAGGACUGAGUUCAGUUGAGCUGAUAAUCUAUAAAACGGUUCUGUUGAUAUCUUUAUUUUUGGUUCAAUUUAAACUUUUUUGUGUGUUUUACUUUUAUAGAAUCAGAAAUAGAUGUCAAUUUGUAGCAUAAACUCAGCAUUGGAGGGAGGGGGGGGAAUAAUAAAUCAGCCCAGUGCACACCUAUACAGGUCUUAGACGAGUGUGCGAAGUUUAUGAUUUCCAAAUCAAGGUGACAGCAUUUUGAGUAUUUCAAAUUCGGGUCAAGUGCCCAACUAUUUACGCCUGUGUGGCACUCUUUAUAGUUCCAGCUAUGUCUUUGUGCAAGUAUGUUUAAAUGUGUGCAUCGGCAACAAUGGAACUGUCACAACACAGUAUCUUAAAAAAUAAAAAGUUUUUUUGUCUGUCAGCUUGCAUUGUUUUAAAUGUAAUUCUUCUGUGAAACUAAGCGUGUUAUUUGUUGUGGUGUUGCAUAUAGAGCAGUUUGAUUACACAUUUGCUUGUUUUGUGUGAAUAACUUGUCAAGAUGACAUUUUUUUGUGUUUAACAAAAUUUAGUGGAAGGAAUUCUAGAUCUAUGUGGGUUGGGGGGGAGAAUAGUUCAGUGGCAAAAAGAGUUACAGCAUUGCAUUGUAACCUAUUCUCAAGAAUUAAAUAUUAUGCAUACACAAAGUAUAUUGUACUCAUAUGAGAACAAUUUCAGACCACCAGCACUACUUUUAAAAUAAAAUGUAAAAAAAAGGUACCUCGUGACAGUGAUAUAUGAAAUAAGUUUAUUUAAAUAAUUUAAGGAAUAUAUGUUUUAUAUGCUAUUUUCUAUACCUUAAUUUAAAUGAAGUACUUUUUCUUAUUCCCACCACCUUUCUGCCCCAUGUCCAGAGGUCAGCGAAAAAAUAUCUGAUGUAUAACCACAGCUAGAAUGUGAUGUUGUAACACUUUCUGGGAGAAAUGGGUCACACUCCAAGUUAUUCCUGAAGAGCAAAAAUGUUUAACUGAUGAACUGUGUCACUGUGCCACAUUGAGGCAAACCAUGUUACAACAGCAGGCCUAUGCGUUAGCCUAUUUAGCUACCAGAGGCAAAGGGUCCUUGUACUUUUUAGGCUACUGUAUGUUGGUUGAUUUGUUUUACCAACUAUUUAUGAAGAAAUGUGAACGGAAAUUUUGACUGAAAUUAAAAAAAAACCAUUGUGAAAAGCGA